GAAGGUGAACGUCACAAGCCUACCGCCAUUGUUGAUGCAAGUAAUGCUCCAAACACAACGCCGUUGUCUGUUUACAUUAACGGAACGAUACCUGCUACUACCGAUGGCUCUGAUUGGACGAACAUCUCGAAUCCUGUUGAUGAGGAAGACUCUUUCAAGGAGCUGAAGAAACCAUUUGCUUUCAACCGUGAACGUCACAAGCCUACCGCCAUUGUUGAUGCAAGUAAUGCUCCAAACACAACGCCUUUGUCUGUUUACAUUAACGGAACGAUACCUGCUACUACCGAUGGCUCUGAUUGGACGAACAUCUCGAAUCCUGUUGAUGAGGAAGACUCUUUCAAGGAGCUGAAGAAACCAUUUGCUUUCAACCGUGAACGUCACAAGCCUACCGCCAUUGUUGAUGCAAGCAAUGCUCCAAACACAACGCCUUUGUCUGUUUACAUUAACGGAACGAUACCUGCUACUACCGAUGGCUCUGAUUGGACGAACAUCUCGAAUCCUGUUGAUGAGGAAGACUCUUUCAAGGAGCUGAAGAAACCAUUUGCUUUCAACCGUGAACGUCACAAGCCUACCGCCAUUGUUGAUGCAAGUAAUGCUCCAAACACAACGCCUUUGUCUGUUUACAUUAACGGAACGAUACCUGCUACUACCGAUGGCUCUGAUUGGACGAACAUCUCGAAUCCUGUUGAUGAGGAAGACUCUUUCAAGGAGCUGAAGAAACCAUUUGCUUUCAACCGUGAACGUCACAAGCCUACCGCCAUUGUUGAUGCAAGUAAUGCUCCAAACACAACGCCUUUGUCUGUUUACAUUAACGGAACGAUACCUGCUACUACCGAUGGCUCUGAUUGGACGAACAUCUCGAAUCCUGUUGAUGAGGAAGACUCUUUCAAGGAGCUGAAGAAACCAUUUGCUUUCAACCGACUCUACACAACCACCUUUCAUAUCUUGCUGUCUUGGAACGAUUCCUACACAAACAGGUCGUCUGAAGGAUUCAGAAAUUUAUCCUCAACAUUGAAAACUACCAUCUUGGACACGCUAGAUAACGUCAAUGGCAAUAUGAGCAUCAUGGUCCAGAUGAUGAAGCGGUCGUGGAAUGGCAACUUGGAUGUAACUGUGGCAAUAGAUUACACAGGAUAUGAAGAUCACACAGCAGAUAUAGAGAAUUCCAUUAAAAUCCAACUCUACUCAGGCAGCAUGGGCACUUUCGCCGUCAACUCUCAGUACUUCACCUUCCAGUCUGAGAAAACGAAGUGCAAAGAGAAUCAGCAUACGUGUGGCGAUGGAAAAUGCGUUCCCGAGUUUUAUCUCUGUGAUGGAUAUUUCGACUGCUUCGAUGGCUCUGAUGAAUUUCAUUUGUGUUUCAGACUUCCAGACAACACAACACUUACAAACAGGAAUGCACGUACAGUGAAGCUUUGGCCUAUUGACAGAUCCAGCAGUUUGAAGAUGAAAUGCCUCCUCCCAGAGCCCAAGCAAAACCCUCACAAUUGGUGCAGAGUAGGACGGAGCAAAGAUAUGCCAGCACCUGGGAUUGAAAAUUGGUCAUUGAUGUUCCAAGAUGUGCGUUCGCAUCAUGCAGGUCUUUAUAGCUGCAAGGACCUCUUCAAUGAAGAUGAAAGAGAACAUUUAGCAUUUUUGAAUGUUAAAGGAGUUAUACCAAGAUUCAGUGGGAAUAUGUCCUUCAUGUCAAUAUACCACCCUGUGUUCUUGGUACAUAAUUCCUUCACCAUUGAAAUUUCGUUCAAGACCCUAACAGAAAGUGGGUUUAUUUUGUUUGUUACAAACCUCGAUGCUCCAGAAGAAGACAGAAAUUACAUUUCUCUAUAUCUUUACAACAAAACAGCCAUUUUUCAGUAUGAAAUAAAGGGUGUUAAGGCAGAAAUUAAAUCUGAAAUUGAUCUUGAUGUGUGGCAUUCCUUACAACUGACACUAAGCCAAUAUGGAGGUUCGAUGACUCUGGAUAAUGAGAUGCCAAAUGUAGACCAACAACGAAUAGAUUUAAGAUCUGGUUUUGACAAGUGGAUCCAUUUGGGAUGUCCAGACCUUUGGCUCAACAAACUUAUGAUGGGUAAGAAGUUCCCUCCAAGGAGUACGAUUACUGGACUGAUUUCAGAGGAUGCAUAAGUCGGGUGUCAGUCAACACAAUUGUUGUGGAAUUGGAGGGAAUUUACCAGCAUGGUAUUACCCCUUGUGAUACGUGUGCGGACAACUUGUGUCCAGUGCAGAAUUGUGUUAUGAAGCCUAUGCAAAAAAUGGAUAUGAAUGCAUCUUUCCCUUGAACUCAACAGAAAGUACAAGCAAUAACAGCAUUGAAGAUUGCUAUCCAGGCACAGGGGACUGUCCCACUUCAGAAAAAAAGCUGGAUCCAUAUGACUCACCAUUUGUUUUAAACGCCACACUGAAGGGAGCUUCGAUUAAUGUCUCCUGCCCUCAUAACCAGAGUUCAGCCUAUGGUAUUUGGAAAUGUGGUGAGGAUGCAGAGUGGGAUGAUGCACCGGAUCUGAGUCAGUGCAAGAAUGAUAUUGUGUACUUUCUGCCUUUCAAUGACUCUGUCCCUUCAGAGAAUAUUGGAAGAUUAGCCAGUUUCAUUGAAAAUGAAACUCUUGCUCCUGGGGACCUGUUAGAAAUCAUAACUGGCAUUGAGUUCCUUGGUAGACAGUUUGUUGAAGA